AUGGCUCGUCGAUGGAAUAUUCCGGAAUAUAAACUUCUGGUCACAAUAGAUCUCGGAACAAAUCUUUCUGGUUACCUUUUGACGCAUUUUAAGCAAGAAGCAGAUAUAAAUCCUAUAACUGCUUUACCUGUAGCCAGACACUGGUUCGGAUGGAGGCUUAUUCAAGAAAUCCAGCGCUUAGAAAACAAUAGGGAUACUGAGCAAAUUAGCCAAGACUUGUUGAUGCUAAUAAGGAAUUUGAUCUUGGCUGACAUAAACAUACAGUACCCCUUUUUCGACGAUCGUACAAGAUACAGAUAUGCUCUUCCAGCCCCGGCUAGCUGGUCCGAACGAGCCAAGCUCAAAAUACGGUCUAAUGCUGCCGCGAUUAAUCUAAUCAAUCAUCAAGACGAUCCAGGAAGGAUGAUGCUUAUUGACGAAACCGUGGCCGUUGCCGUGUUUGCUGAUCAUGUAUUCUCGGGCCUGAAUAGCCCACAUUUACAAAGUUUUAUGGUUUGCAAUGCUGGCACGGGACUUUUAUCCAUUAGUGUAUUUGAGAAGGAGACAGACGAAGAGUCGGAGACAGGUACAGGAAGUCUCAAAGAAAUCACAAUGGAAACCUGUGUCUUUUGGGGAUCUGCCUUUUUGGAUCAUUAUUUUGAGAUUCUGGUAAGACUCAAGGCUUCAAAUCUUGAAGACUACAAAGAGAGCGAUGUGACAGGAACUUUAGAUGAAUUCAGGCGAGCAUUAAAGAUUUUCUAUGAAAAUAACUGUCAUGACGAGGAUAUAAUGGAUUUAUUAAGAGCAGUUAAUGAAAGAUACACAAGAGGGUAUAAAACCACGGGUGAUAAUGAUGGAUUUACGCUGUAUGAGAUUGGCGUAUAUGUCUUUGAUCCAGUGAUUGAUCAGGUAGUCCAUACGAUCGAGGACCACCUUAAACAACUUGGGGAUCGAAAUCUAAGCACCAUGUUUACGACCGGGAGACUUGGGGAGUCCAAUUAUUUUAUGAAGCGGAUCACACAAGCUUUCAGUAACCGAUUUAAUCAUUUCGAGAGUUUUGGAGAAGAAACCAGACCUGUGAUGAGAGGAGUCAGCUUGUUUUCUGCUAACCCCAAAUUAGUCAGUCAAAGGAUCGUACGCUACUCGUAUGGAGUCAAGCUGGGUUCGCCCACUGUCAGGCCCGAUGGUUUGCCUCCGGUCGACGAAGACAGAUUUUAUGUGUGUGUUAAAAAAGGCGAGGCAGUUGGCGAGGACAUUUGGUCCAGUACCGAAAUUCCUUGGAAUAAGAAAUUUCUUCCGAUUAAAGCUGAUAAUGACAGUAACAAUAAAGCUUUGUAUGCAUACUAUGAUGAUGGUCCGAUUCCCGACUACCCUGAUGCUGAGAAGCUUGAUUUAGUAUGCAUUUCUGACUACAAUUCUCCAAGGAUUAGUCCAAGGGCUAUCAAGCGUGAGAUGAUGGCUGUGAAGUUGUGCUUUCGUAUAGACAGAGUUGAUGUCAAGGUGAAUUAUGCGAGAGGAAAGGAUUACAAAUACGACGUUGUUUGGGAUCCAGUUGGAGAAAGGGUAACCCGGCGUAUGGUUGAGAUUAACCCACCACCAUCCGUCACAACUUGGUAUAUGUAUAGAGAUGCAGUUAGUAUUUACUAUAGCAAAAUAUAUUCAAGUUCAAUGGCUUUACAUCCAUUUAUAAGAAUUACUUGGCCACUUGUUCAUUUGUCUCUAUGUAUUAAGCUAACGGUAAUGAGACCUUAA